GAGAGUAGGGAGAAAGAAGAGGAGCUGAGAGACAAUUUUUAAAGAUCGUUACAAUACAAACGCGUCUUCACUUCUUUAGGAUAUAGAAUAGGAAAUCAUGUUCUAAAUCUUCAGAGUACGUGGGAGAGAGAUUCGAUCCUGAUAGCUUUCUGUAUGGUUAAACGCAGUUCCAAAAGGGUUCCACAUCUAAGGUGAAACUAUUGGCUUCCAGAGUUUGCUGGCUGUUCUGUUGCCUUGGAGAUUACUGUAAAGUCGGGCGCUGCUGUGACUCAUCUGAAGGAUCUGAUUACACAGUGGUCUUUUUGGUCUCCUGUCCAGAGGCAUGGCUAUUAAGCGUGGAGCCUCAUUAACCAUCUGAAGCUGCAGCCAGGUAGCCUACCUACUGUCACUGGACUGAUGGGGUUAUAAUGAAGCUGUAGAUCCCUCACCCCUCUCUCUGGAAUGGUGGCUCACUAAGGAUCAAAUAGCCACCAGCUGGACAAUGGGAAUGGCCACGCCCCUCUACAAGCUGCGUUGCUUCCUGCGGCGAGCUCACAUGCUCCUCCUCUUCUUGGGUAUCGCCUACCUGAUGGCAGGGAGCAUUCUGCUGCUGCAGCGCUCCAGCCUGACCCUGAGGACCACCCAGCCACCAGGCAGCGCCAGCCUCUCUUCUCUCAUGGCACUGCCAGCACCUCCCACAGCCGUGAGGGCUGCCCCCGGCCUGGACAUGAGGGCGCGCUCCAGAUGGGCAGCCCCCCAGGGCAUGUUGGGUGGUGGAAUGGGCAUCAAGAUGGGGCGGCACUGGCCCACAUCCCGGCACCUGAGGGUCCAACAUCUGCACCGCCGCUGGUUCCACGGUCUGAUGCCAGACACACAGGAGCAGAGGGGUCCCCUACAAAGCAAUACCAGGCACAAAGGAACCUACAUGGGUUGCUUCAUGCAUGAUGCCAAUGAUCAAGCCCUGGGGGGAACCGUGUUGUAUGACCUGCGCAAAAUGACCAGCUCUUUGUGUCAAGACACCUGCUCAGAAAGUGGGUACCGAUUUGCAGGUCUGGAGUACGGAGCGGAAUGUCACUGUGGUAACCACAUCAGCAGCUCGCGGUCCCAGGAGGAGGACUGUAGCCUAGUCUGCAGGGGGGAGAGGGGCGAGAGAGGAGUCCCCUGUGGGGGUGUGGGGCGCCUCUCCAUCUACAAGGUGGAGGAACAGCUCCCGGGACAGAGGAAAUUCAGAAACGUCCGCUACGGUGGCUGCUUCAAGGUUCCAAAGAACACCACCAACACCUUCCCUGUCUACUCCUUUCAACCAAACUCCACUUCACAGACCUGCAUCGAGACCUGCACAGAUAAGGAGCUCCCACUGGCUGUGUUGAGGAAGCCACAUUGUUACUGCGUCUGGGCUUCGUUUCUGUUUAGACUGAGUCAACGUCUCCCACUGGACCAGCCAUGUCUGGAGACUAAUGGCACAGAACACACUGAUGCCUCCAUCUCCACUUCCCUGUCUGACCAAGACUACUACCAGAUCUACCAGACACCUGUACUUGACUCUAGGUGCAAAGAGAGAACAUUUCUGCCUGAGAGGUCUACCUCCCUGGUGGCUCUCUCCAGCUUCCCCGGAGCUGGCAACACCUGGGUACGCCACCUGAUUGAGCUCGUGACGGGCUACUAUACUGGCAGCUUCUACUUCGAUAGCUCGCUUUACAAUAGAGGUUUCAAAGGGGAGAAGGACUACUGGAAGAGUGGGCGUAGCAUCUGUGUUAAGACACAUGAGAGUGGUCAGAGAGAAAUAGAGAUGUUUGACUCUGCCAUCCUGCUGAUCCGGAACCCCUACCGUUCCCUCAUGGCAGAGUUCAACCGGAAGUGUGCUGGACACCUGGGCUAUGCCACAGACGCACAGUGGAGGAGCAAAGAAUGGCCAGAGUUUGUUGACAGCUACGCCCCCUGGUGGGCGUCCCACGCUCUGAGCUGGCUGCAGUUUGGCCGUCGCCUGCUGGUGGUACACUACGAGGACCUGCAGAGGGCGCUCUUCCCCCAGCUCCGCCUCCUCACCUUGUUCCUCAACGCCACCAUGAUGGAGGAGAGGCUGAUGUGUGCUAAAAGCAACCAGGACGGACACUUCAAACGCUCUGGGGGGGCCCAGAGACCUUCCUUCGACCCCUUUACCGCAGAGAUGAGGAGCACCAUCGAUUCCUACAUCCUCACGGUGGACCAGGCCUUGAGGGACAGGAACUACAACGGCCUGCCACACAAAUACUAACCCAGAUGAUCACCAGCUCAUCCACACUACAGCCCAAAAGGACAUGACAAUAAAUGAAGUGGGAAGGUGCAAUCUCUGCCACCACUCCAAGGGGAGUUGUCCAGCCAACUAAUUAGCAUGGUUGGGUGAAGGUUUUUAGAUGUCUUGAAGAAUUCUGUCAGCUACAAAACAUUUCCAGAAGAGUGGCUCAGAGGGAAAGUGACUGUAUGAACACACCAAUGAUGCACUUGACAUUGCCAACCCACUGUGAAUGGCUGUAACAUCGAGUUAGACUUUAGUGUGAACUGUCAGUUUCACUGGGAUGAAAACAUUGCUGAACAUUACAGCUCCUGCUGAAGGUGACACAUUCCCCUUUUUACUGCAGGCAUAUGGAGUAUGGAACAAUUGCCUGUCUGCACAAACAAUUCAAUCAAGCAUUGUAGACUGUGAGGCCUUUAGCUUGUAUUGGAAUCCUUAGGUCGUUUGAAUUUGUUUGGGAUUUUUGUCAUGUUUAAUAUCAGUUUUACUGAUAAACAGAAAACAUGCCAUCCAGCAAUGUAAUCUGGUUGUUGUA